AUGGCAUCAACUAUGGGUGGUCAUACGGAUGUAACGGAUAGUGAUGUUAAGUUAGGACGCAGUGGCAAUCAAUCUGUAAUUACUGAAAAACAACCAAGCAAAAAAAGGAGUAAUACCAAGCGUGGUGGUGUAAAGAGACGACUGUCCUCAUUAGCAUAUCAUCAACAGCAGUACAUGCUAAUGCGUGGAGGUCAUCCUGGUGGAAGGCCGCUGCAUCCUGCUGGAACGAAUGCUGCACAAAGAGUGAUGUCCUCACGUUAUCCUAACGUAUCUGGACCUCCCCAUCUUUUUCCACCACAGAAAUUCGGUUUUUUCAACGAAGCAACACCAUCGAUACAUCCUGGUCAUCCGGGAUCGGAGAAACGCAUUUACGAAGGCCCACCGAAGUCGCGUUUGAUGAUGGAAGAACAGGGAAGAGCACGGCAAAGGUCAGUACCGAAACCACCGAAGUUCUUAUUCAGUUCAGGACGUGGUGAUAUCGAAUUAAACGGCAGGCCGAUUAUCGGAUCGAUGCUAGAAAUCGGGAGUAAUAAAUCAGCUGGCCCGAACGAACCGCAAGCUGGAAUGAAUGAAUUAUUUGCAAAAAUGAUUUGGAAAAAAUUAGAUAUGAUUCAAAGUCCAAUGCGUCUGAAUCGUUUGCAUACGGAAAUAAUGAAUUUAUUGCAACAGGCAAUCGCUGAAGAAACGGGCAAAUAG